AUGGGAACCGAUCUCCUCGCAUCGCCUUGCAGACACGUUUUGCUGCUCAACUUCGAAAUGAAAUCUGGAACAGUGUCGUCAACCUCGCCAAACGGUCACAGCUCUCGCCAACGCCCGGGGUCCGCUUGUGAGGAGUGUCGCCGACGGAAGGUUCGUUGCGACCGACAGAGACCGCAGUGUCAGGUCUGUUAUGAGAGUGGUCUUGAAUGCAAGAUAAGCACGACAAGACUUCCUCGCGGGCCACGGAAAGGCCAGCUCCGGACUUUGAGAACUCGCAUCGCCGCCCUCGAACGCUGCCUGGCCGACCGGCAUCCAGAAAUUGAUAGACAAGUGAAUGCCCUCCUAGAGGGCACGGAUCUAGAGUAUGAAUCAGAAGAGGACGCCAUUCGUGACCAGCCCCAAUCUAGGGACUGCACAGAAUCACCAAAGAGUGGCACCGGCACGAAGUCACCCCAGUCGCCGGGUUUGCCGCGGUCGGGGCUCGUUAAUGAGCUGAUGCGAGCUGAUCUUGAUCAACUAUACUUCGAUCGUGUUCACCCUUUUGCGCCAAUUCUCCAGCGAUGGCGAUAUCACAUGUGGUCCAAGCAGCAAAAUAAGAGUGAGGCACAGUCGUGUCUCCAAUAUGCCAUGUGGACGAUCGCAGCUUCGUUAUCCGCCCAGUUUCGCGCCCUGCGCGACCCGCUAUACCAGGAGACCAGACGGAUAUUGGAUACACUGGACUCCCAAAAUCCUGGGACGGACGCAAGUGCAGGCAUUGAGCAGGCGCAGGCCUGGGUUCUUGUUUGCAUUUAUGAAUAUAUGCAGGUUUCGUCGCUGCAAGCAUGGAUGAGUGCCGGCAGAUGCUGUCGCCUUGUGCUGGGAAUGCGCUUGUACGAGUUGGAUGACCCCAACAGCCCUGUGAUGAUAGCAAAGGACCAGGAGACGAGUUUGGUCGAUUGGACAGGUCUAGAAGAGCGCCGGCGCACAUUUUGGAUGGCAUACUCGCUCGAUCGGUUCAUAAGUUUCCACAACAGCCUGCCCUUCACUCUGAAUGAGCAAUUAAUUGCCACCCGUCUGCCCGGGCCUGAGGAAGAAUUCCAAGCCGGGCAGCCUGUCGUAACGCAAUAUCUACCCGAAGUUAUGACCAAAGCCAGCAACGACUCUGUCCACCCCAUCUCCUCUUUCAGCGAGUGCGUCGUCCUCGCCACAAUUUGCGGCAGGGCCCUGUCGCAUAGGCAAAAGGUAGCUGUCGAGCAGCUCAGCAUCAGUGGUGACGUCGCUGUCUUUGAGGGCUUCUGGACGCGGCAUCAAUGGCUGCACGAGAGGUUGAACUGUCGCAUCCGGGUGCUCUCAGUCUCCCCACAGGUCGAUCCGAUGUUGAUGUUCGCUCGCAUCGUUGCCCAAACCAUGGUCCUUUUCUUGCAUAGCGUGCUGGAAUCCAUUACCUGGAAGACAGGUGACCAUCUCUUAGGAAUCAUUGAGUAUGAGAGAUUGUGCGUCAUGGCUGCGCAUGAGGUAGUGAAUCUGAUCAAGUUGCAGGGACAGCUUGGUUACUUUAAAGUCCACCCAUUAACUCCGAUCCCGUUAAUGAUGUGCACUGAAUUCUUUGCCGGGCACGGCUACCUUGACGUAGGCUUCGAUGGGAUGCUGCAGGAGGUACUGGCGUGUCUUGGGGACCUUGAUCGAGUGAAAAAUGCGCCACAUAGCCCCCGAGGGUCUGUGUCUGCGUAG